AUGUCGUUCUACGAGCACAGCAAAGAGAUCACCGUCAAGGGGGUCGAAACCGAUCUCUCCACGACGCCGGUGGUGGAAGAGACACUCAGCUCAGACGGCGAGCUCUCUGACACGAUCCAUGCCAAGCCAAAACGGACAUGGCAAUCCUAUGUCUGGGACACUCUGGACAAGUCACCCGAGGAACGACGGUUUCUGUUCAAGCUCGACGCUGCGGUGCUCACCUUUGCCACCCUGGGGUAUUUCAUCAAGUAUCUCGACCAAAUCAACAUCAACAACGCAUUUGUGUCUGGCAUGAAGGAGGACCUGGGCUUGUAUAAGAACCAGUUGAACUAUAUGCAGACAUGCUGGACUGUGGGAUACGUUAUUGGCGAAGUGCCGUCCAACAUGAUCCUCACCCGUGUCCGUCCUCGGAUCUGGAUCCCGGCAAUGGAAGUUGUGUGGGCGGUCUUGACCUUCUGCCUCGCAAAAUGCAACUCUGCAAGCUCGAUAUAUGCCCUCCGAUUUCUCAUCGGCCUGGCAGAAUCCACCUUCUACCCAGGCAUGCAAUACGUGAUCGGAUCGUGGUAUCGGAGAGACGAGUUAGCGAAGCGUUCGUGCAUUUUUCACACGUCGUCCGCCAUUGGGAGCAUGUUUUCAGGAUACCUCAUGGCUGCUGUCUAUCAUCUCGGGGGCAAAGGAGGGCUGAAAGGCUGGCAAUGGCUAUUCGUGGUCGAUGGAAUAAUUUCCCUCCCGAUCGCCAUUUCCGGGUUCUUCCUGCUUCCUGACGUUCCAGAGAUCACCACAGCAUGGUAUUUCACCCCGGCCGAGCGCGAGUAUGCGAAAAAGCGGAUGCAGUUGGAAGGACGUGCCCCACGGGCUCCCUACACCAAGGCUAAAUUCAAGAAGAUCUUUUCUUCUUGGAAAAUAUACCUGCUGGCGACCUUGUACAUGACCUUCAAUAACGCGGGAUCAGGAGUCGGUCAGCCUACCUUCGCACAGUACCUCAAGGACUCGACGCAUCCCAAGUACACGAUCUCACAGAUCAAUACAUACCCGACCACGACGUAUGCGGUACAGGUCGUCAGCACGCUCAUCUAUGCCUGGACGUCGGACAGUGUCUUCCGUGGCGCCCGCUGGCCACCGAUCGUCUUUGGAGGCGUGGUUUCAAUAGUGUGCUACGCAAGUCUUGCAGUGUGGGAUAUCCCGGUCGGCUGGCACUGGGCUUCUUACAUCCUUGCUGGGUGCGGUGGCGGUCUAAGUGGACUUUGCAUGGCAUGGGCGCACGAGAUUUGCACGGACGACAAUGAAGAAAGAGCACUUGUGGUGGGCACCAUGAAUGAGUUGGCAUAUGUGUUCCAAGCCUGGCUGCCAUUGGUAGUAUGGCAGCAAGUUGAUGCCCCGAAGUAUCAUAAAGGUUUCGUCACGUCAGCGUGUCUGGCCGCAGCAAUGAUUGUGACGGCGUUGGUGAUCAGGGUGGUGUGGAAGUGGGAGCUGGCGACAAAGAGGAAGCUCGGCCCCGUCGUGUGA